GAAGUGAAGCGGUCCAGUCUCCAACCUGCUCCAACCGCCAACUAGAGAUGGCCACGGUCGCAGCCAUCGUCAUGUGUCGGCCCUUCUGCUCCCCACACUUUCUGGACAGAUUGAAAUGCGCAAGAAUCAAGGCAUUGAGGAUGUCGGCGUGACAGCUCCGCAGCGCUAUGACCCGGCGCGCCAUGAUGGACGACCGGCCCUCCUCCCGGGGCACGCCGACGGGCACCCCCAUGCCCGGCACCCCCAUGCCCGGCACGCCCCCUUCGUCCCUGUCGGCGCAGUCACCCUCAGCCGCGCCGUCGCCCGCCAGGCAGGAUACGCCGGCGCCGCCGCAGCAGGCGCCCACGCCGCCGCUCAUGCUCGCCACCAUGACCCCCGUCAACGUGGACGGCUACAUGUACGAGCACCACCAGACGAGCGAGCACCACCACCUCCCGCACCCCCACCAGCCGCCCGUCAUCUACAGCACGGCCAGCCUGACGGACCACCAGGGCCUCCCGGUGCCCGUCGGGGUGUCCGAUGACGGCCUGAUGGACGGCACCGGGGUCGUCGUGUACCAGCAGCAGGUGCCGCAGAACACGGUCCUCGUGUUGUCGGAGCUCGUCGACGACAUGUCCCCCGUGCUACAGCUCAGGACGCGGCGGAAGGACGUAGACGGCUCGCCGGGCGACCCGGACGUCGACGGGCACCCUGCGUCCGGCGGCGAGGUGGACGGCGGUCAGUGGCGGAGCUCGCUGGAGCACCCGCUGACCGCCGCCACCUCGGCCAUGCUCAACAUCAACUCGGGUCCCGAGGACCCCGCCAACCCCUCGUCCAACGGCAGCAACCCCCCACCCAUGUCGUUCGCCGUCUACGACUACAAGACUGACAAGCUGGGCGAGCUCUGGUCGUAAGUAUCUGCGAAGGCUCCCGACCCUCG